AUGGCCGAAGCAACGCGCGUCGAAUUCAACGAGAAGUUGAUAUCGUUGGUGGAGGAGCGUCCCUCGCUCUGGGACAUGCGACACAAACUGUACAAGAACGUCCACGUGAAAACCAAGGAUUGGCGAACAGUGGCCGAAUUAUUGGACGCAACCGAAAAGCAAGUACAAGCGCGAUGGCGCAACCUGCGCGAUUCUUACGCCCGCAUUGUAAGGGAUGCUAAAGGCAAAAGUGACGACCCGGCGAAGGAGGUGGUCAGCACUAACCCCUUUCGGAGAGCACGGGCUCCAUCACACACAGAGAAAAAACGAAGAAGAGAUGCUGAUGCUCUCAUUGAAGAAAUUGAUGGGCAGCUGGCCCAGAAAGUAGACGAGAUGGACCACUUCUUACUGUCACUUCGUAAGCACUACGUGAAGAUACCAGAGUAUCUCCAAGGGCCAUGCGAGAUGCACUUAUUGGAAGUCUUAUUAAAGUACAAGGCUGGCAUUGUGCCAACAACACUGUCGCCUGUAGCAGCGCCCCUGCCCCCACAUGACAUGUAA